CUUUCCUAAGUCAGAGACUUUAGGACACGGGACCCAGAACCAGAUGGUCCGGAGGAGACGCGCCAGCCCCCGCCGCAGCUGCCGGAGCGGUGAAGCCCCGGCGCGCCGCAGGGACUGAUCCAGCCCGGCCGGGCAGCGCCGCGGGGCCGCGCCCAGGCCAGAGACUGCGGCAGGGUCUGGAGCCCCCCACCCUGACGGCGGCAGCUUGACCCUCUGCCGGGGGGGGCCCCCUGCGUCGUUUCCUCCUCCCCGCAUCCCCCUUUGCUUUCAUGCAACGCCUGGUGGCCUGGGACGCAGCAUGCCUCCCCAUCCAGCCGCCCGCCUUUAAAUCCAUGGAAGUGGCUAAUUUCUAUUACGAGGCGGACUGUCUGGCUGCUCUCAACAAGCUGCACCCGCGGGCGGCCGGGGGCCGCUCCAUGACCGAGCUCACCGUCGGGGACCACGAGCGAGCCAUCGACUUCAGCCCGUACCUGGAGCCUUUGGCGUCGCAGCCGCCGCCUCCCGCGGCAGCAGCAGGGGGCAACUUUGAGCCUCCGUGCAGCAGCGGCGCCGGCCAAGAUUUCCUUUCCGAUCUCUUCGCCGAGGACUAUAAAGGCAGCGGCGGCAGCAAGAAGCCCGACUACACCUACAUCAGCCUCGCCCGGCACAGCCACCCCUGCGCCAGCCAGAGCCACAAGCCGGGGGGGCUGCAGGGCUGCUUCCCGCCCCAGAUCGUGGAAACCAAAGUGGAGCCGGUCUUCGAGACCCUGGACUCUUGCAAAGGGCCCCGUAAGGAAGAAGGGGGCGCGGGGCCGGGACCGGGGGGCAUGUCCUCGCCCUACGGCAGCACCGUGCGCUCCUACCUGGGUUACCAGUCGGUGCCGAGCGGCAGCAGCGGGAACCUGUCCACCUCAUCCUCCUCCAGCCCCCCCGGCACCCCCAACCCCUCCGAGUCCUCCAAGUCCGCCGCCGCCGGCGGGGGCUACUCCACCGCCCCGGCGGGCAAGAACAAGCCCAAGAAGUGCGUGGACAAGCACAGCGACGAGUACAAGCUCCGCCGGGAGAGGAACAACAUCGCGGUGCGCAAGAGCCGCGACAAAGCCAAAAUGCGCAACCUGGAGACGCAGCAUAAAGUCUUGGAACUGACGGCCGAGAACGAGCGGCUGCAGAAGAAGGUGGAGCAGCUCUCCCGGGAGCUGAGCACCCUCAGGAACUUGUUCAAACAGCUGCCCGAGCCCCUGCUCGCCUCCUCGCCGCGCUGCUGACCCCCGGCCGGGCGGCGGGGCGAGCGGAGCCGCGGGCUCCCGGCCCCGCUCCGCGCUCCUGGGGCCGGGGCGAGGGGGGCGAGAGCCCGCGGCGGGCGGGCGGGUUUGGUUUGAAUUUGUGUUGUUCUUGUUGGAUUUUUUUUUUUUUUUUUUUUUUUUUUUGUCUUUAUCGACAUGUUGGCGGAAGGCUCCGCCGCCGCGCGGGGGUCUGAGCGGGGCCGGGGGUGCAGCGGGGCGGGCGCGCAGGGGGCGCGGAGGGACCCCGGCCCCGGCCCGGGCGGGCUCUGCUGGGCGCUGGGUUAUUUAAAAGAGCGAGAGGAGAGCAAGGGCAAAGUGAUGCAAUCCUUUAAGCAUGGCUGGGAAUGCUGUGUACAUGAUGCAAUCUCGUGUAACUGUCAGUCAUGGAUUGAGUAAUCUGUUAAAGAUGUUCCUACAGUUUUUUUAUUAUAAAGAAUAAUCUAUUUCUAUAAGAAAAUACAUAUGUAUAUUUUGGGAUCUAUGCAUUCUUGCUACAUUUGAAGCAUUAAUGAACAAUUUUAAUAAACUUUAUGACUAGGUUAAAAAAAGUAGCUUGUUUUAUUUUGAAGGCAUGUUUAAAGUUAGAUUAAACACAGGGUUGAAAUUCCAGCUGAUUCUGGCUCAAUGCUGUGAUCAGGGAUAGGGAUUUUUGUAAGUCUUUUAGCUUUCUCUGAGAGAAAAAAAAAAAAAAACAACCAAAAACAAUAACCAAAACCAAACCCCAAAACCCCCAAGAGAAACUCAGCAAAGAGCUGGAAGCCUUAGCCGGUUCUUGUUGCCUCAUUUUAUUUCCUUUAAUCACCUGCUUUAGCUGCUGCUUGGGUGUUGUUUGGGGAGGAGGUGUUUGUGUUGGGUUUUUUCUGCACUUCAUGCUGUUUUGAACGUGUAGAGCAAGAUGUGCUAUCCAAACCAUGACCAAUCUUUGGCAAAUAACGCUGAGUUUGAAGUGGGAGGGAGGAAGAAAAAGUAAAGGAGGAAGCCUGAAAUGAGGUUUUGUUUGUGUUUGUUUGGUUGGUUGUUUUUUUUUUUUUUUCUCCUUUACAGAGUUUCUAUUCUUUACAACUCAGCAUUUCUUAUGUUUGUAGUUUACAGGAAUAAACAUGAGAAAGUAGCA